UGAACUCCGCUCUUUCUCCCCCAGCCCAUGACCAUUUGAGCUGGAGAGCCGGCAUGCCCCGGUAAGUGGAAAUCCUGCCACUUCAAGACAUGGAGUCAUCUUUCCCAUUUGGAGCCAUCCUUGCUGUCCUGGCCUCCCUCAUUAUUGCUGUUAAUGUGCUAGUGGCCGUGGCUGUGCUGUUGUUGAUCCACAAGAAUGAUGGUGUCGGUCUCUGCUUCACCUUGAACCUGGCUGUGGCUGACACCUUGCUUGGUGUGGCCAUCUCUGGCCUAGUCACAGACCAGCUCUCCAGCCCGGCUCGGCCCACACAGAAGACCCUGUGCAGCCUUCGGAUGGCAUUUGUUACUUCUUCCGCCGCUGCCUCUGUCCUCACGGUCAUGCUGAUUGCCUUUGACAGGUACCUUGCCAUCAGGCAACCCCUCCGCUACUUCCAGAUCAUGAAUGGGCUCAUGGCUGGGGCCUGCAUUGCCGGGCUGUGGUUGGUGUCUUACCUCAUUGGCUUCCUCCCACUUGGAGUCCCCAUAUUCCAGCAGACUACCUACCACGGUACCUGCAGCUUCUUCGCUGUGUUUCACCCACGCUUUGUGCUGACCCUCUCCUGCGUUGGCUUCUUCCCAGCCCUGCUCCUCUUUGUCUUCUUCUACUGCGACAUGCUCAAGAUUGCCUCCAUGCACAGCCAGCAGAUCCGAAAGAUGGAACAAGCAGGAGCCAUGACCGGGGCAUACCGGUCUCCACGGACUCCCAGCGACUUCAAGGCUGUCCGCACUGUGGCUGUUCUCAUUGGGAGCUUCACUCUGUCCUGGACCCCCUUCCUUAUCACUGGCAUUGUGCAGGUGGCCUGCCAGAAGUGCUACCUCUACCUGGUGCUGGAACGGUACCUGUGGCUGCUCGGUGUGGGCAACUCCCUGCUCAACCCACUCAUCUAUGCCUAUUGGCAGAAGGAGGUGCGGCAGCAGCUCUACCAGAUGGCCCUGGGAGUGAAGAAGGGGCUCACCUCGUGCCUCCUCCUUCUCUCAGCCCGGGAGAGGGGCCCCUCAGAGGGGCCCAGGGAAAAUUCCUAUCCUAUUGCCAUUAUCUCCCACUCACAUCUUGAUGGCUAAGACGGUAAGGGCAGAGACGUUUCAAAGUGUCUUCUCCCUCCCCUCUCUGGGCCCCAACUAGGAAAUCAGAUGGAGCUAGGGGAAUGAGAGUCCUUG